AUGGCGGAGGCUGCAGCUCCCGAAUUGACAAGCCAACCAUCGGGGGCUCAAGCCGCAGCCGCAGAGGUGGCAGCAGGCUCCCCAGCACCUGUCCCUGCGGAGGCGGGGGUCCAAGGAGGCGAUGACGACUGGACCAAGCAAGUCACCUGCAGGUUUUUCAUGCAUGGUGUUUGUGGGGAAGGCGAUAACUGCCGCUAUUCGCAUGACCUCUCCGACCGUCCUUGCCGCGUGGUGUGCAAGUAUUUCCAGCAAGGGUACUGUAUUUACCGAGACCACUGCAGGUACGAACACAGCGAGCCGCUGAAACAGGAAGACGCAGCCGCUACUGAGCGAAAUGCAAACUCGUCCCUGGCCGCUGUCUCAUCAGUAGUUGGACUGAUCGGUGAAGCGAAUCUGGGCGCGGCUGAGUCAAGAAGUUCCAAUUUGGCAACUUUAGGAGCAGGUUCAGAAGACUGGGUGAAUGCCAUUGAGUUUGUUCCAGGGCAGCCCUACUGUGGCCGCGUUGCUCCUUCUUGCACUGAAGCAACCGUGCAGACCUUCGUGACCAGUAAAGACUCCCAGGAGCGGCCGCUGUGCCCCUAUGCAGCAGUUGGAAAGUGCCGCUAUGGAGAGAACUGCAUGGAUCUCCACGGAGACACCUGUGAUCUGUGUGGACUGCCGGCCCUCCAUCCCGCGGACGCUGCCCAGAGGUCACAGCACAUAAAAUCGUGCAUUGAGACCCACGAGAAGAACAUGGAGCUCUCGUUUGCUGUGCAGCGCAGUAAGGACAAGGUGUGUGGGAUCUGCAAGGAGGUGGUCUAUGACAAAGCCAACCCCAGCGAGUGCCGCUUUGGGAUCCUCUCCAACUGCAACCACACCUACUGUCUCAAGUGCAUCCGCAAGUGGAGAAGUGCUGGGGAAUUUGCGAACAAGAUCAUAAAGUCCUGCCCCGAAUGCCGGAUCACAUCUGACUUCGUUGUUCCAAGUGAGCACUGGGUGGAAGAGAGAGAAGAGAAGCAGAAACUCAUUCAGCAAUACAAGGAGGCGAUGAACAACAAGGUAUGCAGGUAUUUUAACGAGGGACGUGGGAGCUGCCGGUUUGCAGGGAGCUGUUUCUAUAAGCAUGCGUACCCUGAUGGCCGUAGAGAGGAGCCACAGUAGAAUGUGGGA